AUGAAGCUCGCUCGGCGAUGGAUGACUGAUUCUCCACGAACUCUGGGAGCGACGAGCGUGGAGUAUCAAGAGAUUUGGGCCGAGCCUCCUGUGCCUGUCUCUGCCAAUUCGACGCAGCUGGCUGUAGUCGGUGCUCAUCUCUCUGGCUUCCCCCUGAACAAGGAUUUGGUCUCGCGCGGCGCUACCUUUGCCACUGCCACUGUCACAGCACAGUGCUAUCAGUUAUUUGCCCUGCAUACGACAAGCCCAGUUUCCAAGCCUGGUUUGAAAAGGGUCAGCGACGGUGGCGAUUCAAUUGAAGUGGAGGUUUGGAACAUGCCGCUUGAUAUGAUGGGCAGCUUCCUCGGUACUCUUGCAGCGCCCUUAGGCCUUGGGUCCAUUGAAUUACAAGAUGGCCGAUGGGUUCACGGGUUUAUAUGUGAGCCUACUGGCUUCGAGAAUGCAAAAGACGUGACUAACUUCGGCGGAUGGCGAGGAUACACCCAGUACCUUACCAGCUCUACCGCCGAAUCGUCGCGAGCUGCAUCUCCUACGCCUGCAACCAGCGUCGGCGAGAAGCGUAUCACGAAGGUCCUUGUUGCAAACCGCGGUGAGAUUGCCUUACGUAUCAUUCGAACACUGCGCGAUAUGAAGAUUUCGUCUGUAGCAAUCUAUUCAAGUGACGAUGCUCGCGCGCCACAUGUUGCUGCGGCGGAAGUAGCACUUCCUUUGGUUGGAAACACGAUAUCCGAAACGUAUUUGAAUGGCAAGCAGAUUCUGGACUUGGCCAUCGAAGCUGAGGCUGAUGCCAUCAUUCCUGGAUAUGGCUUCCUAUCAGAAAAUGCCGAGUUUGCUGCCGCUAUUGAAGCUGCAGGGUUGGUCUGGGUUGGUCCAACUCCAGAUCAAAUGAGAGAUUUGGGCCUGAAGCACUGUGCGCGUGAUAUCGCUAUUACAGCUGGUAUUCCUGUCGUACCCGGAAGCAAGGGUUUGGUCACAAGUCUUAAGGAUGCGCUGGCAGAAUCAGAGAAAAUCGGCUAUCCAGUGAUGGUGAAGAGCACUGCUGGCGGAGGUGGAAUCGGCCUUCAGCGGUGCGCCGAUGUUGAUGCACUCCGAGAAGCAUUUGAUAGUGUUCGUCGUUUGGGACAGGCAAACUUCGGCGACGAUGGCGUUUUCAUCGAGCAUUUUAUUGAUCGGGCCCGACAUAUUGAAGUCCAGGUUCUCGGUGAUGGCGCUGGUAGAGUCAUUUGUGCUGGCGAGCGCGAUUGCUCAUUACAGCGUCGAAAUCAGAAGGUCAUCGAAGAAUCCCCAGCUACUUUCGUCUCAGCCAAGGUUCGAGCUGACAUGCGUCGUGCUGCUGCUUCUUUGGCCACCGCUUUGCAAUACCGCAAUGUUGGCACCGUCGAAUUCAUCUUCGACAUAGAUACCGAAAACUUCCAUUUCUUGGAGAUGAAUACGCGUCUCCAGGUCGAGCACCCAGUGACCGAAGCCGUCACGGGCCUUGACCUUGUCGAAUGUAUGAUGCGCAUUGCUAUGAAUGACUGCACCGCUCUUUUCCCCCAGCAAAUCAACGAGAUUCCGGUCUCCGGUGCAGCGAUUGAGGCUCGUGUCUAUGCGGAAAGCCCCCUUCAAAAAUUUCGGCCUUCUCCAGGAAAGCUUUUGAACGUUGAAUUCCCAACCGAUGUCCGCAUUGAUACUUGGGUCAGUUCGGGCCAGAAGCUCUCGUCAUCCUUUGAUCCAAUGAUCGCAAAGAUCAUUGCUUAUGGUGAUAACCGUCAUGCAGCUCUUCAAAAGCUCUCGGAAGCUUUGGCCAGGACAGUCAUUACUGGCGUGGAAACGAAUCUGAAGUACUUGCAGCAAAUCGUUGCUUGGGAGCCAUUCAACUCUGGAUGCUUCACCAUUGGAUCGCUCAAUUCAUUCCCAUACAAAGUCCAAGUCGUCGAGAUCAUUGAUGCUGGGUCCAACACUGCUGUGCAGGACUUCCCUGGCCGUCAAGGUCUUUGGCACAUCGGUGUUCCGCCCUCCGGCCCAAUGGAUUCGUACUCAUUUCGUCUCGCCAACAGAAUAGUUGGUAAUGACGAGAAUGCUGCGGGUCUUGAGUGUUCGAUUCAAGGGCCAACUUUAUUGUUCCAUUCCCCAACCACCAUUGCUGUUGUUGGUGCUGAUGCCCCUAUAUCUGUCGAAGGGGAGAGAAAGAAGCCAGGCGUUGCGAUCAGCAUUGCAGCUGGACAGAAACUUUCCAUCGGAACAGCCAAAAAUGGUUCACGAGUUUAUCUUGCCGUUCGAGGAGGAUUUAAAGUCCCUGAAGUCCUGGGCAGCCGUUCGACAUUUGCGAUAGGUCGCUUCGGAGGACACAAUGGACGCAGUCUCCGAAUUGGUGAUCUUUUACUAUUGUCGGCUGUUGUAGAAGAGGGAGUUCCAUUACUAAACGCCCCAAUAGUUUCUCUGCCGAUACCUGAAACCAGAGAAUGGAUCGUGGGUGCGAUCCCUGGGCCACAUGGUAGCCCGACUCACUUCACACAGGACGGGCUUCAAGAGUUGUUCAACGGUGAAUGGACUGUCCACUACAACAGCAAUCGGCUUGGAGUCCGUCUCACAGGGCCUCGUCCAGAAUGGGCACGGAGAACUGGUGGUGAUGCUGGCCUGCAUCCCUCCAACAUCCACGACAGCCCUUACUCAAUUGGAAAUGUGAGCUUCACAGGUGACGAAGCAGUGGUUUUGACAGCAGAUGGUCCAAGUCUGGGAGGAUUUGUCGCGUUCGCAACGGUUGCGGAGGCGGAGAUGUGGAAGUUUGGUCAGAUGCGACCAGGAGAUCGACUUCGAUUGCACCCUAUUUCUCUUGAUGAUGCGCAGGAACUUGCGCGGGCUCUUGAGCAUUCAAUUGAUACCCUCAGCCCGCUGUCAACAGCAGAUAUCAUGAAACCAGAUUCUGCUGCUGUCUCCAGUUCAGUCGUGAAAGAUAUCUCUGAGGCCGGCCGCUUCAUUCGUUGCUGCCAAGCAGGUGAUCGUGCAUUGCUACUUGAUUUUGGCACCCAAGAUAACUUCACGCUCAGACAAACAUUUCACAUCAUGAGUUUCAUUGAGAAGCACCGAGUCUCUCCAAUUCCCGGUGUCGAGGAGCUCACGUCAGGAGUACGAAGCCUUCAUAUUCGCCUGAAAGCAGGUUUCUCACUACACCAAGUUCUUGACGCGCUAGUCGAUCAUGAGCUUUCUCUAGGGAGUGAACUCCCCUCUCGACUACCCUCGCGUAUCGUGCAUAUGCCCCUUGUUUUCAACGACGAGAGAAGCCGCAGUGCCAUUACCCGCUAUAGUUCGACCAUUCGCUCCUCGGCACCGUAUCUGCCUAGCAACAUUGAGUUUUUGCAGAAGCUGAACGGACUUGACAGCCCUAAUCGUGUGAAAAGCAAUCUCUACGAAGGCGCGUUCCUCGUAUUGGGUCUUGGUGAUGUGUAUCAAGGGUCUCCCUGUGCUGUACCCCUGGAUCCACGUCAUCGACUCUUCGGAACGAAGUAUAACCCAUCCCGUUCCUUUACUCCUCGAGGUGCUGUCGGUAUUGCUGGUCAAUACUUAUGCAUUUAUGCGACCGACUCACCUGGCGGGUAUCAGCUCGUCGGUAGGACCGUCCAAAUCUGGGAUGAGUUUCAUAAGCCCGGACUGGGCGACAAGACACCAUGGACGUUCUCACUUUUGGAUCAGAUUCGCUUCUACCCUAUCACUGAAGAAGAACUUUCCGUAGCGGAGGCCGAUGGAACUGCCAGUGAUCUCAUCAAAGUCUCCAGCACGGAACUAAAUCUCAAUGAAUAUGAGAGGUGGCUGGGAGAGAAAGAGGAGGACAUCACUGCUGUUCGGGAGCAACGAUUAAAGGCAAUGUAUGAGGCUGAUUUCUUCGAUGAUCUGCUCAAGCCAUACGACGCUAUCGUAAUGCGGCCCAGUAGGGACCAAGAGAGUGACGAAGAUAUUUCUGGAGAGCGAGUGAAGGCACUUUUGCCUGGGAGAUGUUUCCGUUGCGCUGUCAAGGAGGGAGACAAAGUUGUAGCAGGGGAUCCUCUAAUCUGGAUCGAGUCCAACAAAAUGGAGGUCAAGAUCUGUGCACCUGUCAGUGGGAAAUGUGUGAGACUGCUAGCCGCUGAGGGAGACAUCCUUGAGCCCAGUGAUGAUGUUGUGAUCAUUCAAUAG